AUGGCCCUGCCAAAGGUCAAAGAUAUACCAGCCAGUAUACACGUUUUCAUAAUCGGCACAUUCGUCCUGCUCCUAGCACUCAUCAUCCUCUUCUCCUACCGCUUCCACAAAGCCUUGAAGAGACACAAGAUUGAGAGAAGGCAGGGCCUAGCUGGCAGACAUAGACGUUCGCGAACUGUGCGUCCGACAGAGACAGAAGAGAGCUUGAUACCGAAUAGCCCGAUCAUGGUACAAUAUGAAGCCGACGAUGAUGUUGAGAGGCCAGAGCACGAGUCGCCGGCCAAUAUCAGACCCCCACCACCAGCGUAUGGAAGGUGGAGAGGUAGUUAUCGGAUGGAUCCAGAGCUGUUACAUUGGAGACGUGUGGGCGAUGCUGAAGAGGACGAGCAGCGGAGUAGUGUUGAUACGGCGCCGCCGAUGUAUGCCUCGCCGCUUAGGUCAAACCGGCCUGAAGGUGUCAGGAGACAGGAUGAAGUCGUGGGCUCGACGGAGAUGGUCGAAGUCGGCCGGGCAUAUUAG